GCUGAGGCCGAUCCUCGUUGACUGUGGGGAACACUUUGAUCAGGUGUGGAGGAUGAGCUCGGGCCAUGGGACGAGGAGGAAAGUCGGCAAGCACCUCAACAGCAUGGUGGCGCCCGACCCCGAAGCCCUGGCUGAGAUUCAGGGUCUCUUUGGUAAAGUUAGGGCUUAUGUGAAGCCGCCCCCCGGGGAGUGGGCCGUCCCCGACCCCAACGUCUCUCUGAGGUACCCGGCGGAGGAACACCAGCAGCUGCAGACGCUGAAAGCCUCUCUGAACGCCGUGAAGAACCAGCUCAGUGACAAGAACGUCCAGGUCUGGCACCAGCACACAAACUCCACGAACCGGGCCGGGAAGGUGAUCGGCGCCGUGCGGUCCGCCGCCAACGCCGAGAUCUGCACUCAGGCCUGGUGCAAGUUCUACGAGAUCCUGGGAAGCUUCAGCCUGCUUCCGGAGGACGCGCUUCGGGACGGAGAGCUGAACACGGUCCACCUGUGUGAGGCGCCGGGCGCCUUCAUCACCGCUCUGAACCACUACAUGAAAACCAGCGAGGCCACGCGUUACUGCGACUGGGUCUGGGCCGCCAACACGCUCAACCCCUACCACGAGGCCAACGGCGGAGGCACGACCAUCGCCGACGACCGGCUGAUCGCCAACACGCUGCCCUGGUGGUUCUUCGGUUCCGACAACACGGGGAACAUCAUGAUCCAGAAGCACCUGCUGGACCUGCAGGCGUUCGUGUCCAACAUGCGGAGAGUGGACCUGGUGACGGCCGACGGCAGCUUCGACUGCCAGGAGAACCCGGACGAGCAGGAGGCGCUGGUGGCGUCGCUGCAUUACUGCGAAGCCACGGCCGCCCUGCUGCUCCUCAGCCCCGGCGGCUCCUUCGUGCUGAAGAUGUUCACGCUGUACGAGCACUCCUCCGUCUGCCUGCUCUACCUGCUCAACUGCUGCUUCCGCUCCGUCGCCGUCUUCAAGCCCGCCACCAGCAAAGCGGGAAACUCCGAGGUUUACGUCGUGUGUCUGGACUACGACGGCAAGGAAGCUGUGAGGCCUCUGCUCUCGAAACUCAUCCGGAACUACGGACCGAGCAUGGCCGACCGAGAGGCUCUCUUCCGGAGUUCUGCCAUCCCGGAGUCGUUUCUGACGCAGCACAGAGAGGUGUGCACGUACUUCCACUCACUGCAGGUGGAGACGAUCACAGAGAACCUCAGACUCUUUGAGGGGAUGACUGUGGAGCUGAGGCAGCGACUGGACUACAUCAGGGACUGCGUGGCUCACGAAUACCUGCAGCGGUUCCAGGUGAGCUUUCUCCCGCGGAGCCGGUGGAUCUCCCGGAACACGGUGAGCCCCGCCUGCUGCAGCGUGUCGGCAGGUCGACCUCUGGGACAGAAAAAGCAAACAGGCUCCUUCAACGAGCGCAGGGAGUUGCAGACCCUGAGCUGGAGGGAGCGCGUUCAGAAGAGUUGCCAUGCCGCCUGGAUCCAGAGCCACGCCUCGGAGGACCGCGGGCCCAGCUGUGUGCUGGAAGGACCCCUGUCCGUCUGCCAUGCGGAUUCAUGGUAUGUUGUUGUCGGCGCCGCGCUGCCCGCGGUCAGAAACUCUCCGUUCUGCGAAGGGGGAUUACUGAACCACCUGAACGAAGCCCCGGCUGAGUCGGCUGAGGACUGGAGCCGAGUCGCGCCCUGCGGCUCCUGCCGCGUGGCCUCUCCGGCCUCCAUCCUGUCCGAAGUCGCAGCUCUGUCAAACAAGAGUCCCGUCAAAGAAAACACAAAGAAACAGUGUCUGGUGUUUGGCAGCAGCUCAGAUUGGGGUGUCUGUGGGAGCCAAAUUGGGGAUUUAGAGUUAACAUUCUCUGCAGAGCCUUCAGUCCCUCAGAGACGCUGCGUCUCGCUGCACGACGGGGACCCGCUGUACCAGCAGCAGCUCCUGAGCCGCCUCGCCUCUGCCCUGCGGACGUUGCGCCCCGGGGACGCCCUGCUGCUCCCCCUGCUCUCCGCCCUCACCCGCGUGGCGGCGGCCGCCGUGCUCUGCCUGCACGCCUGCUUCGGCUCAGUGUCGUUCAGGUGCCCGCCCCCCUCCGGCGCGGUCGGCGCGGUGCUCGUGUGCGUCGGCUUCCGGCCCGACGCCGCUCCCCGGGUGCUCCCGAUCCUCACUGAGGUCCAGAACCGCAUGAGCGAGAUGUCAGGAGAAGAGGACUCCGCCGACAGGCAGGUGCUGCAGUUCGUUCCCAUGGAGGAGCUGCUCACCGGCGGACUGACCGAGUUUCUGUGGACCAUGAACUCUGAAAUCAUCCGGCAGAAGCUGCAUCUGCUCAUGCAGUCAUAGAUAGGUUCUCAAGCCAUCUCGCCGUGUUGCUGUCUGUUCCUCCCUGGUUGAAGCAGCAGCAGCAGCACGAGGCUGCAGCAGUCAGGCAGGUUGAGCAUCCUGUUACACUGUCCGCCUGUCCGUUGAGGUAUAAAGGCUUUUAUUUCACCCGUCAGGCUUGGUUUGACCAGGAAAGGCCACCGGUAUAGAAUCUGUGCCAAACGUGAAUCACAUGAUCUGCUGUGACGUUCGCAGUCUCUUGAUUUGCCAAAACCUGAUGCCUUCAUUACCCACUCAGCUCACAUCAUGAUAUUUUUAAUUUUCAGUCUUCUGUUUGACCCCAUGCUGCUGUCAUAUUGUGGCUUCAUCAGUCAUUUUAGAAGCACUGGAAAUAGCAGAGUUAAAAUGUUCUGUUUUAAUAUGUGUUUUUUUCCCUACAAUUUUAAUAACAGAACCCAAAAAGGAACAAAUGUGUUACUGGACUAAAUGCAGUCAUAAAUAUCGCCUUUGAGCUCCUAAUCUUACAACCAGAACAUGAGAAGCAGCCUCAAGUUGUCAUGUCAAUAUUUUUUUUAAAGUUUUGUUAUCAUUUCUUAUGUCCCUGUUUUACUGUGAUGUGAAAGUUCAUUUCAGUUUGGAUUUGAUGAAUGAAACAUCAGUUUGAAACAAGAUGGAAACAAGUGCCAUCAUUUAUAAAUUUAUGCUGAUGACAUUUUUAUUUUGGAAAAGUAAUCGUGCUGCAGCGGUUGUGUUUUUGGUAUGAGUUAGCGUUGUUGAAGAAGUAGAAGUGAGAUUUGUCCCGAGCAAUACAUUUCAAAGUUUAAUAGUUUAAAACCAAACAUUUGCUCCAAAACUGAAAUGACAGUGAUCCAGUGGAAUCAUUCAUAAAUACUGAUCAUUUAUGGCACAUUUGUGGCUCAUGGUGUUGAGUUAAGUCGCUUCACCGGGCAGAUCUCCACUGAUUUAAGGCGAGGUACUGCUUUAAAUUACUCGAAGUUCGUGAUUCAGCAGAAUUUACCUGUGAGUAAAUCCACUCAGGAUAUUUUGGAGCUGAGAAACAGAAGUCCAAACCUCCCGUCAGUCACUGACGUUUAUCUUCGCAUCGCAGAACCCUCAGAGUUCAGCCUCUGCAGUUCGUCAUCUGCCACAGUGACUUUUUGUUUCUUUAGUCUUGAAUCAAGCAUUCGGCAAAGAAAACUUUAUCAUAUCCUUUCGUUUGGAAAGAGAAAAUCUUCCUCCUCAUACGAUUGUUAAGACACUGACUUUUUUUUUUAAGGUUUUUGGUGUUUGAGUUGUUUGAAACAUCAGUCUGGGCUGAUUACAUUUCACUUCAUCUGAUGCUUUUAUUUGACCAUUCUCUGUGGCAGUGUCUGUAAUUUAACUGAGAAAUUUAUUUUUCGUACAAAAAUAAUAAAAAUUGUGUUCUGGCAA